AUGUUCUCCCCCCCUUGUCAAGGGCCCAGCGCUCCGGCGGCUAACGCCGUCCGGGCUGCAUGGGCUCGAAGAAAGUCCCAAAUUUGUUCGCUGCUCGCAGAUCAGCAGGUGGGCUGUGGAUCUGGUGCGGUAAGCCGCCCCGAUUCUGCCGCUGCAAAGGCUGAUGAAAAGGCGUUUGGUGCUUCGUCUUUCGCAUCGUCUAAGCCUGCCUCCCCUUCUUUUGAUCGCGUUUCAAGUUCGAUGUUCUUCAACUCGUCGAAUUUCUCGACGGUUUCGCAGGGCUAUUGCCUCCAAUCUGCCUCUAAGAACCCGAGCCGCUCUCUACGCGGCCUGGAGAGCGGCAGGCUGCUCCACCCUCCCUGCGUAAAAAAAGCGGCCGGCCCUUCCUCUGUUCUCUUUCGUCCUUCCUUCUGCCUCAACCUCUACGGAGGCUUCUCUGCUGCGACGGGUUCCGCGCGUUCCGCUUCGAACGUGUGUGCUGUCGCUGGCAAGCCCGGCUGCAUUGUCUGUGCACUGGGAGUCGCGAGUUGCUUUUCGUGCGCCGCACUGCGUCUUUCUCAUGCGCCAUCUUCCCGUUUUUUCUCAUCUGACGCUGCGCCCGCUGCAGAGAAUUCACAGGUGGUGAAGGUGCCUUCCCUGGGAGACUCAAUCACGGAGGGAAGUUUGCUGGAGUGGCGCAAGAACGUGGGGGACCCGGUGGCGCUGGACGAAGUGAUUUGCGUCAUCGAAACCGACAAGGUCACCGUCGAAAUCCACAGCGCCUGCGCCGGCGUCAUUGCGUCGCAGGCCGCGCAGGAAGGCGAGACAGUCCACGUCGGCGGGCAACUGGCUAUCAUCGACUGCUCAGCCAGCGUCGCGGAUGCCACCUCGAGGGGCGGCGGAGAUGGUGCGAACGCAGCAUCCACCCACACGGGAGAGGGCGGCGCGCCUCCUGCGUCCCCUGGGCAUGCGGCAAGCGCCCCCGCCGCCCACGCGACAGGCCAUGCGCAUCGCACUCAUCACCACCACCGGCGGAGGCGCACGCCCCUAAUCUUCUUCAAAUUCGCGCACAGGAAAAGCGGACCGAGCCCGGUGCUCGAGGCGACGCAUGCUGAGGCGGAAGCCACGAUCUUCGAAGACCCGCUGCUCGAGAUCUGGGGCGUUCCCAUGUGGCGGCCGUUGAGCGAAGAAGAAGUGGAGGCUGUGAACUUGGGUGGAGCGGGCAGCGAGGCGGAUGCGCUGGGUAAGUGGACGGUCUUGCUUUCGAUGGAGCCGGCGAAGACCGGAAAGAAGGAAGGCGGGAAAAAGGGGGACGCUGCGAAGGCAGGCAGAUGA